UCUCCUCAGUAACAUCAGAGAACUGUUGUAGUGUAGACCUGUGUCUCCUUCCUCUGCCGAGGUUAAUUAAUUAACUGAAGGGGUUAAUUAAUUUAAUUAAUUAAAAUGGAAUCGUGUCAUUCUGUUAAUUAUACAGAUAAUCCGUUAAUCCCUCCGUCACGGAAUCCGUGUCACCUACCUGUGUAUUCCACGUUAGGGCACCUCAUUAAAAUCAUUGAGAAACUUAGAAACAGAGACUAUGCAGUGCCAGACAUAGACAAUGGUUUGAGGUGGAUAGAACGUGAACAGGGCAGGGACAGGAUGGAGGGAAGCAGUGGGACUGGCCAAUCAAAACAGUUAUCUACUGUGAUUGGUACACUGGAACUGGAGCUCAGAAAACUACAACAGUCAAACGAGAGUCUGGUACAGGAGAACAUCAGUCAGCACCAGAGUAUCAAGGCCCUGGAACAGAGGCUGAAGCCCCUUAAUGAGAAAAACAGGAAGUUUCUGGAGAAAAACGUGGAGCUGACUACCUUAACUAGAAAUCUAAAGGACCAAAUACACAGUACAACAGAGGAAAAUAAAAAACUGAAGGACCAAUGCGAGCAUUGUAAGAAGAAGAUAAAACAGCUGACUCAGCAGUUACAUCAGGAGAGGCUGGAGAAGGGAACACUAGAGCUGCAGACUCAGAACUUACAGGAGCUCAAACAGAAGUGCGCUGACCAGGAGAAGGCGUUGACAGCUCUCAGACUCAGUGUACAGGAGAAAGACAGAAGGAUAGAGUUGGUACAGCACAGGAAAAGGAAGAAAAAAUCUUUAAGGCCUCAUGAGAAGGGUGUAAAGGAAACAUUUUAUGGGUAUGAUGAAGACGACACAUCGCUCAGCUCUGACAUUUCUCUCUCUCUGUCCACCGGCACCCUGUCUGAUGAAGAACUCUGUGAAGAGCUGUCUCGAUCAGAGAUAGAGAAAAAUUACCAGAAGCUGAUGAAGGAACACUUAGAACUCCAAAGACUUCAUGCCAUAUUGACCUCACAGUGUGGAACUAACCUUGACCCUCAAAGAGAACUCAAGCUGAGGGUGGACUUGGAAACAAACCUUUUUCAGUCACAAUGCCAGAUAGAGAAACUGACAAAAGAAUUGGCAGACACAAGCAAGAGACUGAUGGCUGUUGAAACCAAAAACAGUGAAAUUCAGGAGAAGAAUAUCAAGUUGACAGAAAAGGUGAAGCAGCUGGAUUUGGAUUGCAGUGAUCUGAGGGAGAAGUUGGAUGAAUCCAGGGAUCUCGUGGAGACGCUGGAAUUCCAGGUCAUGGAGUAUGAGACGGAUAAUGUAGGAGCUCUUGAGACGAUCCCUGAAGAUCCUGCUGAAAUGAAUGGAGGAGAACAUGCCUCCCGAAAGACUGUAUCCAGCAGUGAAUUCGAUGCUUAUGUGGAAUCCCUGGAGUCCUCGGUUCAGGACCUUCAGUCCAAGGUCAUUCGUCUGCAGCAGGAGAAUGCCACCCUGAGGGAACGCCCAGUCAGCGUCUCACCCUCAUUGGAGGAGAGAGAGGCCCAGGAGGUCAUGACCUUAAAGGACUCGCACACUCCAAACUCGCACUCUCACCAACACGCACUCACUACUCAAUCUGAACAUUCAGACAACAUAGAAUCUCACAAUGACCAAUCCGGUGUCGGAAACAACAGUGAGCAAACUCACACAACAGAAAUCACACAGACUCAAAAUGACCAAUCCAAUGUUGGGAACACCAAUGAGCGCACUCAUGUCUUUGAGAUUAGAAACCAUCUAAAUGAAGAAGUCAGUGUGGAAAAUACAGGUCUUGAUGAUAAGUCAGACUCUGAGAUUACAGAAGACUCAUACGAAAGUCUAGAGAUGAGCCAGGAUGCUCACAUGAGUCCAGCUCAUGAUAUUACAGUCUGUACUGCAGAGAUUGUAGCUCUGAGGGAUGAUCUGAAGAAAUCUCAAGAAGAGGUAUUGAAUUUAAGAUCUCAGCUCGAAGAGAGUUUGAGCAUCAAGGAGGAAAUAUUGGAUGAAAACACUGACUCGUUCGAGUCGAGAUUAGAGGAAAUGAGACAAGUGUGUAUUGCACUUCAAGACAGGGUGUACCAGGCUGAGUCUGCAGAGAAACAGCUGAAAGAGAAACUCAAACUCGCAGAGUACACCAUUAAUGAUCUAGAGAGCAGUGAGAACAGUGUUAGAGAAAAUCUAGAGAUAUGUAGGAAAUCAGAGUCUGAAUGUAAGAAAUCCCUGAGUGGCUGUCAACAGAAGAUCCGCGAGCUUAAGGAAAUAAUCCUGGAUAAAGAUGUCAGCGAGAUCAAUCUCGCAGAAAAGGUGCAGUUUCUGGAGAAAGCUGAGGAGAUAGCGUCUCAGAAGAUCUCAGAUCUAGAGAUGCAGAACCAGCUACUGGAGCAGAGACUUCAGCUGAAGGAGGAGCUCGAGACGGACAUCCUGCUGGUCAAGACGCUGAAGGACCAGAUCAAAGAUCUCCAGAUAGAAAACAAAGAUCUCACCGCAAAGGUUGCUGAACUGGAGGAAAACGAAGAAAUUCUAAAAAUAAACUGGAUGAAAGUCGCUGAGAACGAUGCUGAAAGAAUCCAGAGCUUCGAGGAAAAAGUAAAUAAUCUGGAAUUAUUAAAUUUAGAUCUGAGAAAGAGGCUUCGCGAGCAGAGAGAGAAAUCGGAUCCUCCGAAUGCUCCAUCACUGGCUACAGAACUGUCAGAGAGUGAGAAAUCAAUGGAGGGAAAUUCUGUUGUAUCACUGACGGAAAAAGUGAAAACAUUACAGGAGGAACUCACAGAGACAGAGGAGAAAAAGAACAGUCAGAUUGAGAAACUCCAGGAUAAAAUAGCCACACUGAGAGAAAACGAAAUCAAACUGAGUGAAACUCUAGCUGAAAUGGAGCACACCGAGAGGGAACUGAGGAACAGAGUGUCCAUGUAUGAGCAGUCAUCCUCUAGUGAUAGGAUAAAACAUUACGAAGGGAAGAUCCGGGAAAUGCAUCGAUCACGGGAAGAUCUCUUGGACAGGAUGGACUCUAUGGAAGAACAUGAAGGAGAUCUCAAAAAGCGGCUGAAGGAGCUGGAAGAGGAACAUGAGUGGAAAGUGGAACAGUUAGAGAAGAAAGUGGAGUUGAUGGAGAGAGAGAUUGCCCAGUACAUACAGCAGGAGGAGGACCUAACAUCCAGAAUCAUGGAGAUCGAGAAACACGAAGACGAACUGAUGGAGAAAGUCAACAAGUACGAGGGGGAUGUAAAAUCCCUGGAACAGCAGCUAGAGGAGUCAGAGGGAGUGAGGGAGGAAUUAGAACAGCAGGGAGAGAGAUUGUCAGAGGAAGUGAGUACACUGCAGAAAGAAAACCAGGAACUGCAGGAAAAUCUGGACAGUGUUACCGAGGAGCUGGAACAGAUACGUGUGGAGAAUAACGACCUCAAUGAGAGAGUGAUCGAGUUAGACUCUUACGAACAGGAGUGUGAGGAAAAGAUGAAAGCUGUGGAAACUAAGUCCAGUCUGUUGGAGGAAGCCAACUGUAAGCUGAUGGAUCGCGUUACUGAGUUAGAAAGUUUGGAAACGGAACUACACAGUAAACCAGUGAGCUCUUCUGUGAAUGUGAAAUCAGAUUCUUCUUGUGAGGAAAAAAGCACAGACACGGACGAUCUGAAUGCUCCGAAAGGAAGGAAACUGACUGGGAUGUUUGAACGUUUACAAGACCUAGAAUCGGAGAACCAGAAUUUCUCAGAGCAGCUCGUCACACUCCAAGGUGCAGAUGUACAGAAUAAAAAACUCAACGAAAAAGUGAAACUCUUGGAAAACUCAGAGGAGAAGUUAAUGGAAAGGGUGAUGGAAUUAGAGGACCGUGAAGAUUUCCUCAUGAAAGAAAAUCAGAAACUCCGAAACUCUGUGACAUUUACGGAAGUUCCGGAUAUAAUGAAAGAGGUGGCAGACCUCAGAGAGACAGUGGAGCUACUGAAAGUUAAUCUAGAAAUGUUGAAGGGUGAAAACGAGGAUUAUAAGGAACAAUUGAGUGUAGCAGAGGAAACUAUUCAGAGUUUACAGAAUGAGCUCAGUGUUCAUAGGACAGAAAUGGAAGUGUCCGAAACUAAAACGACAGAGAUGGAAACAUCACUGAAGAGUAUGGAGGAUAGUCUAACAGAGGAAAAACAAUGUGUUCAGAAACUACGGGAAUGUGAGAAGAGUUUAUCAGGGAAAUUAGACCAAGAAAAAUCUUAUUCUGAGAAACUAAAGAGUGAACUUUCUCAGGCGAAUCUUAAAAUCAGGACAAUGGAGGAGGAAUAUGAAUCUAAAAUCUCGGAACUGAAUGAAACUCUGUCUAGUCAAUUAGUUACUGUCUCUGAUCUAGAGAACUCACUGUCUCAUCUUAAACUCAACGAAGAGGAACAUUCAAGGAAAAUAUCGGAAUUAACAGAGGAAAAUAACGCAUUAAUUAAAGUGGUGAAAAUGAAAACGGAUGUGAAUUGUGAUUCAGAAAGUGAGGAUACUUUUGUUCAGGACAAGGAGAAUCAAUUAAAAUUAAAUCAAAUGGCCACACCCAUCAGUGCUCAAUCAACUCCCAUAAAAUCAGAUCUUAACCCUAGUGCCAAAACCGAACUCAUUAGUGAUAUCUCAAACAUAGAUUUAUCCGACGAAAAGAAAUGUGCCAAGUGUUUUAAGUUAAAUCAAAAAUUAAGUGAACAACUGAAAAAAGAAUCCAUUCUUGUGGAAAAUCUGGCUACAUUAAAAAAAGAAUUUGAAGCAAGGGAAAAAUCAUUAAAAACUCUGUGUUCUAAGUGUCAGGGAAUGGUCAGUAAUUUUUCUUCAUCGGUUUUGUCGGAAGACAGUUUCUUUGGAUUAAAUAAAACAGAAGAAUUCAACAAGAAAAUGGUGACGUUACAGAAUCAGUGUGACGAGCAGACGUUGAGGGUGAGAGAGAAAGCUCUGGGGGGUCGGGUGAAGGAGUUAGAAGACGAAUUAGAGGAAUUCCGGAGAAUUCUGCAGGACAUCGUACUGGACGUCCAAAUCCGUUUCCAUGACGAAAUACAGGAAGUGGGAGAUGAGGUCCCUCGUACAUAUCAGCUUCCGUCAGAUCUACCAGUGGUUCUGAACGCAGAACUAGGGAAGGUGCUGGAAAAUCUGGUCCACAGUGUCGACUGUCUCACCAAAACCAAGGACAAAUUCGGCAGUGGAAAUGAAGAAGCCAGUAAGAAGAUAGAGGCCUUACUACUGAGUGAAAAAUCCCUCAAACACCAGGUCCAAGACCUUCAGGAGCAGCUAGCUAACAACAAUAAUGGCGGUGAGGUCCGAGAUAGUCCAGCCGAGCUUCUGAGAAAGGUCACAGAACUGGAAGCCAUGAACAGAGAACUAGAGGUCCGUCUGGAAUCGUCCCGGAAUGUCGGGUCCGAGCGAGGUCUGGAGAGUCCGGAGGACGUGUUCCGUCAGAGAAUCUCGGAACUGGAGAGGCUGGAGAAACAUCUCAAACAUCAGGUUUCCGACUUGGAAAAAGAUAGAGAAGAGCUACAUGAGAUAGCAAGGAAAGACAAAAACACCAUUCAUGAACAAAACAUCCGAAUCCGGGAACUGCAGCUUUCAGAGAAAAACAUGAAGGAACAAUUGAACCGACUGGAUGCUUCUGAGCAGAGUCUGUUCAACAAAGUAGAGGAACUGGAAGAUCAAAUCACGAAAAUGGAAGAUCGGAUCUCGGAGCUCAAGAUCAUGGAAAUGAGGCUGAAGGAGCUGGUGAGGAAAUAUAAACUCGACGAGGAAGUGUGGCUAUCAAAGUCGGCAAAUCUGAACGAGACUUUAUCCGAGCUGUCAACAUCAGAGGCUCAACUGAAGCAGCAGUUAGAGAACCUGGAGAAAGAGAAAUUAAAUCUGUCAGAGAAAUCGGAGUAUUUGGAGGAGAGGUUGAAGGAGGUGGAAAAAGCCGAGGCUAAUCUGUUACAGAGGACAAAAGACCAGGAAAACCAGGAGAUCAGUCUGAACAAGAAGCUGAGUGACAUGCAGACGAUGGGAUCAAACGCCGAGAAACAGCUCGCAGAGUUACACAACGCCAACAUCGAGCUCUCACAGCAGCUUAACCACAUGAUGCAGGAGAACAUGGCCAUCUCACAUCACAUGACACAACUUCAAAAUCAGCUGGCUGUUCUUGAUCAGCAAAACGUUUCACUCCAUGCAGACUUGGAGAAGGUCAGUAAAGACAAUAAUUCACUGCAGACAUCAGGGAAGUCUUUGGACAAGGAGCUGGAAAACAGUAAGAUCAAAGAAGUGGAGCUGGAAGGGAAACUAAGACAGAAAGAGGAGUCAGAGGAAACGCUGAAGGAGAAGAUAGGGAAUCUACAGAGAAGUGAGAAUCGACUCAAGUACAGGAUCCAACAACUUGAAUCUGGCUCACAGGUCAUUUCUGAAUUAAGUCCUUCACAAAGAGAGAAAUUGCCUCGUAAGUUAGAGGAUUGUCAGAGAAGAAUUGUGGUCCUUCAGAAUCGUAAUGAGCAGCUCUGUAAGAAAUUGACCGAGUACCAGAACCCCGAGGCCAAGUUUGUGAAUGUUCCUGGUGCAGAGCUCCGUAGAUUGAAGGCUCGGGAUGUUCUACUGGAUCAGAGAGAGGCUGAAUGUCAGGAGGUGGAGAAGCUCAACUCACACCUACAGAAAACUGUGGAGCAACUGAGGAAUGGAAAGGAUGUUUGUGGCCAUGAAGUUGAAGUAGAAACUCUGAAGAAUAGACUUCAUGAGAGCAACAAAUCUAUUUUGUUACUCAAGGAACUUCUAGAGGAAGGGCAGAUACACAUGGGGCUUGAUAUUAAUGAAGAAAUACUCGAAGACCACAGUGUCCCCUCUCAGGCACGAAGAGAGGGACCAGGUCACCUGGCAGAGAGAAGGGUCAAAAAUCAAAGGUCAAAUCAGUCCAAUGUGAUUGGACGCCCUGUACAGGAACUGGCAGAUCAGCUGAUGAGCAUGGACAAGGGUAGACAACCCCUACAUGACCAGUCUGGUGCCGGUCUUAUAAAUGAGGAGAUGAUUCCUAAGGUUGAAAGGAGUGAAGCGAAUUUAUUGGUUACGGCUAGUGGUCAUGUGAUCAUGGAUCUGUUUAAGGAGGUACAGGGUUUACGUGAGAAGAACCCCUACAGCUCGAUGUCACACGACGACCGUCAGCGUAGGGUAAAUGACUUUGUCAGCCGUCUUGAUAAAGACGAGCUGUUCUCACCCCGGGAAGAAGCUCACUGGAGGCAGGUGGAAUCUCGACUUCCCCACCCCCCAGACCCAGAGCGAUGGAUCCACGUGGGUAAAGCUACCAGUCUACAUUCCAGUGUGCCAAACCAGUCCCACCCCAGUAACGAAGAACUGGUGCUAGGCCUGACCCUCCCAUCAGAAUCGGAGAGUCAGCAGUUUACACAGAAUGACACGGAUUCCAGCGGGAACAGCCCCGCAGUCAAACGAAGAAAAUUUCGUCCAGUCAAUGGAACAGAGCCCCACCUUACCCCAUCCUCAGUUCAUGGCCUGAACAAUUUCGAUGCUCCUUAUUAUGUGCCAGCUGUCAAUCACGACAGUGUGGGCGGGGAGCAGGAGAUGCAGUAUAUGAUGGAGGAAUACAGAAUGAUGUCUCCACCAAUCAGGACAGAGGACACAGCUGGGAGUAUCCCAGACAGCGGACACGGAACCACCUCGGUGGGAACCACCUCAGCCGCCUCCACAGGGAAGUCACAGCUGUCACUGAAGGAGAAAAUAGCAGAGAUUGGAAAAUCAUUACAGAAGCGCCCUCUGUCCUGUGUCAGUGAUCUGUCAGAUGAUGAGGAUUCCCUGCUUGUCUGGAAAUCCAAGGCAAGCGAUUCCUCACGAAGACUAGAAGAUGCUGAAAAAGAAUCUAAAUAUUUAAAACAAGAGAUAAAUAAAUUAGAAAAGGAUCUAGAGGACAAAGCUAGAUACAUUCUCAUUUUAGAGGACUUCGUAGAAAAAUUAAAAGCCCUGCUGGAGAUGAAGGAUUCUAAGCCAGACCGGGAGUUAGUUCAGAUUAUGGAGGCAGAGUUAAUUAAAACUCUGGAGGAACUACAGGAUUCUGGUUGUCAGAAACUGGACUUGAACCAGGAUCCAGUGGCACUGAACACAGAACUGGCCAAAAAAGACCGGGAACUUACAGCUAAAACAAAUGAAGUGGAUGGUUUGAUGCGUGAACUUCGUCAAUGGCAGGAGGAAUGCCGUUUGGUUGAGGACAUGCGUACUAAUGCUUUGGAUUCCCUUCGCUGUCUGGAGCUGGAGGUGUCAGAUCUACACGGGACAGAGAAAGAUCUCAAGGUCACCAAGGACGCCUACAACAAACUACAGGAACAGUGCCAUGAUCUGGAAACUAAGAAUGAACAAGUUUUACUUUCUGUGACUCCAAUGAAAACCAAGCUGGCCAGACUGAUGCAGAAAUGUCGGGAAAAGGAUGAUCUGCUGAGAAAACUAGGAGCAGAAUUACGUAAACUGAAGAUGGUUGGCGGGCCGGGGUCACUUCUCCAGGAACUGGCCUUAAUGGAGCAGAGGAUGCCUUCUGAGGAGUAUAAUGUACUGGAUGAAGGAUCUCCUCAGCAAGCAAAUCAUCUGAGCAGACAUUCUGUGUCCAUGAUUGACCUGCAGAGGUCAAGGUCAAAUUCCUCUGUCAGUGACAGCCAGGACCAUGUUGCCCAUAGCGACACAGAAAUGGUGACCCCUAUCAUCCGCCGAUCAAACCACCACACUGAGAGGCGACUGAGACUGCUACCACCAUCCACACACACAUCACGACUGCCACACAUUCAGGGAGGUCAAAUGUCGCCUAGUUACGGUUCACCUAACGAGCCACUUCCUGUAGGUCACAUGCCACCUGACCCGCUAUUUAUAGCUGUAGCCAAUUAUGAUCCUCUGACCUUCUCCAGAAGUCAUCAUCCAUCAGAGGAACUCAGGCUGCAGGAAUGGGACAAAGUCACUGUGAAAGGACCACUUGAUGACACAGGUUAUUACUUGGCCGAGGUGAAUGGUAGAACAGGACUUGUCCCAGCAGCUUAUCUACGUCCCGCCAGCCUUGCCGACCAAAAAAACGGACGCUGGAAGGGAAUUAUGGGACAGAAACCUCCGGCUUAUCUUGACGCGAGUCCUGAGAGAAUCGUGGAGACACAUUAUCAACUCCAACAGGCACAAAAUAGGAGUGGUGCCCCUUUGUUUCCAAGGAUAAAUGGCCAUGUCCCUGAGUUAUCCCCCUUAUUUAGCAGAAACUCUACCACAUCAGCAAGGACAUCUGAGUAUCCAGAUCCACCUAAAGAUUUCCGAGUUGAGAAGGUCAUAAACCGGAACACUCUGAUGUUGGCUUGGACACCUCCAAAAUUCACCGAGAACAAUCUAAAUAGAGGGGUCAAAUGUACUGGGUAUAAAAUCUACUUAAAUGGUCAGCUUCAUCAACAAGCCAGCAGUCCUCACAUUGCCAAAACCAUCGUCAAGAACGUGGACACCCGCCAGCGUCAGGCAUUUAGUAUACAGACCCUCGGAUCGGGGGGACAGUGUUCUGACGUCGUGGAAACCGUCCAUAACGCCCCUGUAACAGGUGACCUUGAGGGACCAGAAGAAAACCCAUCAGCUGUCAGGAGUCACGAAGUGUACUCCUCCUCACACAAACGUAUGUUUGUGGGUGUGUAUGACUUUGUACCAUCUCCGGGUAAACAUGGGCGACUAGAACUUCCGUUUCAGGCAGGGGAGAGAAUCCUUGUCUAUGGGGAGGAAAGAGUAGAUGGAUUUUAUUAUGGAGAGAUCAAUGGACGUCGAGGACUGGUGCCUGGUUUUUUUAUAGAAGAGAUUCCUCACACUUUAACUGACAACUCCUAGUGUCAAGCUAACCACUGCCAGAAGGUUGUGACAGUUUCUAUGCAAUAUUCAACCAAUUCAUCUAGAAGCAAUUCAUGUCUGCACAAUUGAGCAAUGAUUUCUCACUUCUCAUUAGAACUUUUUCUUCAGUGCUUUGCACAGUGCAGUCCUAAAUACAUUAGAGAUCCAUCUCAUAUACUUUGAGAAAGAUCACAUGCAGUGUUUAGGACACCUUUUCAUAUAGUGUAUUUUUAAAAGUAUACAUGUAAGUUUGCAAUAUACAUGUAUCUAUUAAGUAUAAUUUAUAUUUUUAUACUUUUUCAAACAUAUUUUUGUUGACUGUAAUUUUUUAUUACAUUGGUAAUGCAACCCAAAGUCAAUCAUUAUGUGUUAGCAAAACUGAUAAAUGUCUUCCAUUUAUAUACGUACUAAAUGAUAUUAACGACAUACAUUGAAGCACAUCUGCCAUUCAAGGACUGUUUUUUUCAGCAGCAUUUCUCAUGAACUAUCUAUUCACAACAUUUAUUUUCCCACCUCUGAUGGCAUUUAGCUGUACAACCUUACUCAUUAAUUUCAAGGGCACCUGUUGUAAAAAUUAUCAAAGACAGACUUUGUUAUAGCAGGGCUUUACUAUCGAGUCCUCAGAUUAUGGCAUUUAUUUAUUGUUAUUUCUAUGAAUGAUAUUAAAUACAUUAAAGUAUUUUAAACUAGA